AUGGGAUUCGAUUAUUAUGCAAUUCUGGACAUACCCAAAAGUGCUUCUGAUGUAGAAAUUCGAUUAGCUUAUAGAAAAUGGGCAGUCCGUUGUCAUCCUCAAAAUGAUUUCCAUGAAACACCGGAAAUUCCAUUUCCUUCCAUGUCGAUAGCUCACUAUUGGGAACUACUUCAUGAAGCUUUCGAAGUUUUGUCAAAUCCACUACGAAAACGCAUUUACGACAUUUACGGUGAAGAAGGACUGAAAGCCGGUGUUGUGACCCCAACUGGAUAUGUAGAGCCGUACAAAUUUUCAAAUAACUGCAUGAAAAUCUAUAAAGAUUUCUUCGCCACCUACUCACCUUACGCGGAUCUUAUCGAUGCGGUAACGAAUCCACCUCCACUCUGUCAGGAUGACAGAACGAAGGUUAAGAUUAAAGGACCCGAUAUCGAGCAUGCCAUCAAUCUUGAUUUGGAAGAAAUUUUCUACGGUACGAUAAAAAAAAUGCAAAUCGUUCGAGACGAGUUCGCGGAUGAUUCGGAACUCGAAACGAUUCUGGUAGAAGAAACAUUAACUGUUCACAUCAGCCGGGGUAUUCCCACUGGAACAAAGAUUCGCUUCGAGGAAGCGGGUGAUCGUAAUCCAAAAAUCAUUCCCUCCGAUAUAGUGUUUGUGGUUAAAGAGAAUCCGCAUCCUGUAUUUUGGCGCAAAGGAGCCGAUUUAUAUACCGUUGUGCAGAUCACGGUGGAGCAAGCCUUGGUUGGAUUUCCCCUGGAGAUUACCGGAAUCGACGGAAGACAGUUGGUGAUUCAGAUUGUAGAUGUGGUAGAGCCAAAUUUUGUGAAAGUUUUACAAGGAGAAGGUUUGCCUAUACCUGGUGGUGAGCAAUCAAACUCACGGGGAGAUCUUUUUGUUUCAUUCGAAGGUAACAUUUUUACCAUUAAAAAAAUUUGCCAUUAA